AUGGCUUCGUCUGAGAAGGCUCCGCUGAAUCCGCAGGAGCGAGAAGACCCUGUUUUGCCCACUGCGCUACGUCUGCCCGUCUUCAACAAGCUCAAAGGAAAGCACAUCGUCCUCGCCAGCGCCUCGCCGCGCCGCAAUGAGAUCCUUCGCACCUUUGGCUUGAACCCUCGCAUCGUCCCGUCCACCUUCCCCGAAACCCUCUCCCAUGCGGAGUUUGACGAUCCUGCCCAGUACGCUGUGGCGACAGGGUCAGCCAAAGCCGUAGAGGUGUACCAGCAGCUCGUACGGGAUGACCCAGAGGACCCUCCUGAUCUCGUCAUUGGCGCCGACACCGUCGUGAUUCUUCCCGGCCCCGAUCCUACGAUUCUCGAGAAGCCGCGGAAUAAAGCCGACCAGCUCAACAUGCUCGAGAGCUACCAGGGCGCAAAGGUGCAGGUCGUGACGGGCGUGACGAUAGUCCAGCCUCAGAUCGCUACGCCUGGCUACUCCUGCGCGUCAUUGGUGGUCGCGACAAACGUCGUUUUCGCAGAUUGUUCAUCCGAGCUGCUGCAGGCGUAUGUGGAGUGUGGCGAAGGGCUAGACAGGGCGGGCGGAUUUGCGGUUCAAGGGCAGGGCGGCUUGCUGGUCAAGCGCGUCGAGGGCGAUUACAACAACGUCGUCGGCUUCCCUGGACAGGCGUUCAUCGAAUGGCUCAGCCAGCUGACUGAGGAGGGGACUCUGCUCGAGCUGGACUAG